CAUCACCUCGUUGAGGUCGCAAGUUGUUGCUUGCUACCAUUGUUUCGAUCAAUUCUUGAAUUUGCUUUUCUCACCUAUCUAAAAGCCUCUACUAUGGUUGCAGCCUCUGCUAUAGCUACUACUUAAGCAGCAGAAGAUGGUUCAUACCACCACGAAGCCUCUUCCAACCAAACUAGUUGAUGACCUAGUGGUGGAAAUCCUCUCUCGAGUUCCUGCCAGGUCCUGGAUGAGAUUCCAAUGCGUCUCCAAAGCAUGGCUUGCUUUCACCUCCAACGUCUACUACCGGAAGAAACUUCCAGCCACCGUCUCCGGUCUCUUUUACACCGUCGGCACCUGGAACAUCGAUACAAGCUGGAGCACCGACGUCAAAUAUCUCAGCUUAUCGGCGGACCAGACCGUCGAUAUGACUCUGAGUUUCUUGCCACGUCUUCAAAACCUAGACAUCUUAGAUAGCUGCAAUGGGCUGCUCCUCUGCAAGUCAUGGAAUGCCAGGUCUGAGGGCUACUACUACUAUGUCUGCAACCCUGCAAUGCAAAAAUGGAUCACCCUCCCAAAGCCAGAUGGAAGCUUAGAUACUUUUUUCCUGGCUUUCGAUCCUCAAGUCUCCCACCAUUUCCAUGUCCUUCACUUCGACGACGAUGUGAAAAGAACCGGCAUUAAGCUUGAGAUCUUUUCAUCUAAGACAGGUGAAUGGGUUCGUGGUCAAGCGCACUGGGAGGAUAGCAUCGGAUACAUGCUUUCCUGGCCUGGUGUCUUCUUUGAUGGAAUUGUUCAUAUGUUGAGUAUUGAAGACUAUGUCCUGGGAUUCGAUAACAAGGGAAACAUCUGCAGCAAAAUCAAGCUGCCUGAAUCUGAUUCUUCUGGCAACAAAUGGCUUGGCCACUCAGGUGGGUAUUUAAAUUUUGCCUGCAAAUGGGAGAACAAAAUAGAGUUUUGGAUUCUGAAGGACUACUUUAAUAAUGAAUGGGUCCUGAAGCAUUCUAUGGAUGUGGAUACCAUUCCUCAUAAAGCGCGUUCCAAGACAGUUGAGCUUGAGUUUUACCUCCAGGACUCUGACUACUUUGACAUUGUGGCAUUUCACCCGGACUUGGGUGUUGUUUUUCUGCAAGUAGGAGAUGAGCUCCUUGCCUACCACUUGAACAGUGCUAGAACCGAAGAGCUUGUCAGCUUGAGGCGUGAAUGGAUAGCAAAAUUUUAUACUUACUCACCUUGCUUCUUAGAUGUCUUUGGUGAUGAUGGCAUCUAGCUGAAUCAGGGUUGGUGAAGGUAGAUUACAUGCACUGUUCUUUAUGUGUUCAGAACAUUUUUAGGAUUAUCUUGUGUUCUUCCAUGGCAUAGUCUUAUUGUGGACUGCAUGGUAUGUAGGGAUCGAGUUUGCUUCCGAAGUUUUAAUCGAAAUUUGACAAUUCUGUUAAUUUAUCAGAACUGGUCUAGCCGUAAAGAUACUGGUAUCCAUUCAGGAGAUCUAUGAUCUAAUGUGGUGUUUCAUUUUAUUUCUUACUUUAUUCUAGAAAAUAUCUUAUCUCAGGCAUUAAAAGCUAAUAUCUUAUCUCAGGCAUUAAAAGCUACAUUGAAGUGACUCUGUUGGCAUUUUCAUCGAGCACCUUCAACUCUAUUUCUUGUUUUUAAAGAGCACAAGUUUACUGGAUGUAUCUGAACCCAGUAAUUUUAAACUCGAUUCGAAAUUACACUCAGAUUAGACUCGAUCAAAUAAUAUGAAAAUCAAGCUUAAUCUUAAAACUUGGCUUGAACAUAAUUUCAAACAAAGUAUGACUAGACCUAGGCACAAUUAAGCUCGACUCAGUUGAAUCCGUGUCUAUGGCCAGCUGAUAGUGAGGCUGGCCAUAAGCAUCAAUUUCCAAAGGAUCUGUGACUAUUGUUGAAAAAUGCAGAAAAUGUCAACAAAUAUUUGCUUUUUAUAGAUAUAUAAAUCUUGUUGUUUGCUAAUAUGCAGUUUGUUUUUUACCUACAUAGAUAUAUAAAUCUUGUUGUCUGCUAAUAUGCAGUUGCUUUUUAUCUAUAUAGAUAUAUAAAUCUUCUUGUCUGCUAAUAUGCAGUUGUUGUUGUUGUAGACCAUAUCUUUGUGUCCAAAAGAAAUAGAAAAGAAAAAAAAGAAAACCAAAACAAUUGUUCCCUUCACAAUGUGCUUUAGAACAAUUUAGUUUGCAGACCCUUUAAUUGUUCUCUGAUAAGCCGAUAAAUCAAAGAUCAGGAACCCAACUCAAGAGCGCAAAUAGCUUUUAGUCAGUGAUGCUUACCACAACAACUGUUUUUAGUAGGAUUCUCAUUACAUUAUUCAUGUCAAGUGAUUUCUCACAAGCAUUUCUUAGAAUUGGAUCCUCGAAUGACUUUGAAAAUUAGCUUUCUAUAAUCUAGAGUGCCUCUUCCAUUCAUCACAAAGUGACAUACAAAAGACAAAAAUAUAGCUUCUUUGUUGCCUCGACUGCCCAUCAUUUCAAAAUAACAGUCAAUGAGAGGCCUAGGGUGGUACUAUUUCUCUCCAUGUAAGUGCUGGAGGUUACUUUUCCUUCCAACAAGAUGGUUGUCCAUGGUAGGCUACAGUUUGUUGGUGUUCAUCCCCGUGAAUGAUGGAUCCCAAUCUAGAUAGAAUUAGCUGCUCUACACCGGAGUAAUACAUCUCUCCUAAGAACUGGAAGGAACCAAAUUGUGGCCAAGUGGCCAAGGGAGACUGGCAAAUCCUCAAUGGAUUUAUGCAUCCCAUUCAACAUUUCAUUUCCUGUACUCUCAUCACGAUAUUAUAUUUUCACUGCUGUCCUUAAUUUCUUUAGAAAUUGGAUCCGAAACAUUUUUCACAAGCCAUGAAAAAUCCUCACAAUUUCAGUCUAAGGUUAGAGCUUUCACGAGAAAGUAAAUCAAAAAAAUCAAAAAAAAAAAAAAAAGUUAAGGAGAAAAAUUAUGCAUUAAAUCAGGCUAAAAUAUACUGUUUGGUAUAUUUGGGUGUCGUAUGGUUUCAGUCAUCUAAAACUUUUUAACUAUCAAAAUUUAAUUAAAAAGAAAAAAUGUUAGAUUUAAUAGGAAAAUAAUUUAGGAAAAUAAGAUAGAUAAGAUAUCAUUUUAUAAUUAAAAAUUCCAACUUCGUUAAUAUCUUGUAGAAAAAUGUAGACAUGUAAAGGAGCAAAAGUUUAUUUCUACUCUUUUUAAGAAUUAAGUAUUAUAAUACUUUAAAUUUGAUUAUUUUGUAAAAUUUCAUGAAAUGCAACUGUUAUGUGCUUGAUUCAAAUAAAGAUAAAAAUAUAAAAGAAAUAGAAAAGGGUUGACUUCAAGGAAACCAACCUCCUAAUAUCCUCUUCAAGCAGGAUCAAACUAGUCUCCCAAAGAAGAACAAUUUAGAUCUGAAUUCUCAGCCCAUUCAUUCAGUCACAUUAGCAUAAGUAAUUUUACUGCAAUUACAAUGUUUAACGACUCCCCGUGACUAUCCAUACACCAUAACACAUCCAAUAUAACAACAUUACACAACUAAUACAAAGAAUAACUACCCAAUACAUCAGAUUAAUUCAUAAAUAUAAUCAUAUCUUUUAAAUCUAAUGUUGACUAAUAAAUAAGUCAAUAACAUUCCAUCCUCCCUAAAUCAACCUUGUCCUCAAGGUUGACUUUUUGGGUUUCAAUGGAGGUGGCCAACCAACUUCUUUUAUACUAAUCUAGUGAGAGUAAUCUUUCCUGCACCAUAAGGAUGCGCCACAUAUUGGGCCACCACUAUAAAUUUCAUUGUCUCCAUUUACCUCCAGAAUUAUUGAUGAAAUAAAAUGGAGAAGCCUUAAAUUUAGUAUGAUCAAUCUUCCUUUUAGUACCAAUUUCAAAGGUGUCCUUAAGCAAUUUUUCACUAAGUCUUAGGCCUUCAUCAAUGUGACAUAGUUCCUUCAUCAAGUUCUCAAGCAUUCCCUAAUACCCAAAUUUACUUCAAUCAGUUUCUUGGCAAGUGUUUCCAUAUCAUUCAAACCAUCAUGGAUCUUCAAUAAGGUAUCCAUGUUGCAGAAUUGUGAGCUCUAAGAUCAAAUGCUAUGUGCCUGAUUCACAUAAAAAGAUAACAAAGAGAAGAAAUAGAAGACAGUUCACUAUGAGGGGAACCAUCCUCCUAAGAUCCUCUUCAAGGGAGAUCAAUUUUCCUAGUUCUCCAAAGGAUAAACACUUCAGAUCUGAAUUCUCCUCGCCGUUCAUGAGCAGGCACUCUGGGUUAGUGCCCAGUCUCCAGAGUAGCUUGUCCAUAAAAGCUCCAGUUUACCAGGUGGAGCUACAAAUAGGAGGAUGGAAAGGGGCAUUCAUUCACAUCAGUAUAAAUAAUUUUACAACAAUAACCACCCUUUAGUAAGUACCCACAACCACCCAUGCAUACUAACACAUCCAAGACAAACUACAUUGCACCACGAAUACAGGGAAUAACUACCCCAUACACCAGAUUACUUACUAAAAAUAAUCAUAUUGUUAAAUAUAAUAUCAAACAUUAAAACCUUGAACGGAACCUUUUCAAUCCUUUCAUCAAUAUUUAUAAAUAUAAAAUUGAGGCAACAAAGUUUAAGAUGGUGGUCCAAUAUGUGGCAGACAUCAUCCUUAUGUUGCAAGAAAGAUUAGUCUCACCAAAUUGCUAUAAAGACAAGGAAGUUCAUUGGCUGCCUCCACUGAAGCCCAAAAGGUCAACCUUGAGGAGAAGGAUAAUUUAAGCGGGAUGUAAUGUUAUGUACUUAUUCAUUAGACAAUUGUAGAUAUAGAAAUAUAAUUAUUUUUUUUGGUAUUACUAUGACGUUCUGGGUAGUUAUUCUUUGCAUCGGUGGUGUAAUGUAGUUAUCUUGGAUGUGUUAUUGUGUAGGGGUACUUAUGGAUGGUUACUAAAAGGUAGUUAUUACUGUAAAAUUAUUUAUGCUGACAUGAAUGAAUGAAUGGGUACAACAAUUCAGAUCUAAAGCCUUCAUCUUUUGAAGAACUAGGAGGAUAAAUCCCUCUCAAAGGGGAUCUUAGGAAGUUGGUUCCACUUGAAUUGAACCCUUUUCUAAUUCUUUUUGAUUUUAUCUUUUUAUUUGAAUCAAGCACAUAACAUUUGGUAUCAAAGUCGAUUCUACAGAUUGAAGAACAUUAUGGAAAAUUUUAGAUCUAAUAGUGUUCUUUGGAGAACUAGGAGGAUUGAUUCCCUUAGAGAAGGAUCUUAGAAGGGUUGGUUCCCCUUGAUGUGAACCUUUUCAAUCUUUUUAUAUUUCAACAUCCUAUUUCAAUUAGGCACACAUCAAGUAUCAAAGCAGACAAAUCUGCAGAGUGGGCAUUUUAUUGGAGAUCCAUAAUGAUUUGGAUGACCUCAAAUAGUUCUUUGGAAAGCGAUUAAAAGCAAAUCAGUAGAUUCAUGAAUGCUUGAAGAGAAUGGGGGGCCAACAUCAAUUUGAUGAAGUCUUAAGAUAUAGAGAGGAGUUGCUUAAGAAGGCUUGCAAGGUUAAAAGCAAGAGGAAGAUUGACUAUGUCAUAGUCAGGCUUCUCCAAUCAAUAUCAUCAAGAUCUGUGAAUACAAUUGUAGGCAUCAGAGUUCAAGAUGGUGGUUUGCAAGUGUCUCUUUGAUAAUGCAAAGAAGAGAUAAAUCUCACCAGAUUGCUACAAAGAUAAGGAAGCACGUUUGCCACCCCCAUUGAAGGCCAAAAAUCAACUUUGAGGAUAAGGUAGUAAUAGGACAGGUGGAAUGUAAAGAUGUUGGAUUAAAAUAUUGCUAGUUUUAGAAAUUAAUGCAGUGUAUUACGUAGUUGUUUCUGUAUUUUUGUUGCAGGGUUGUUCUUUUGGGUGCUUUAUUGUGUAUGGGUGGUAAUAAGUUGUCACCGAAAGGUGGUUAUUAUUGUAAAAUAUAAAUAUUUAUGUUCAUUAUAAAGAGUUAUGGAGAAUUUCAUGUGGUUCUCUUAGGAGAACUAGAAGGACUAAUUCCCUUGGUAGAGAAUCUGAGUGUUUGUUCCCCUCAAACUGAACGUUUUCAAUAUCUUUUUCUUUUUCAGCAUCUUAUUACAAUUAGGCACGCAUCAGCAACUAAGGUCUAGAUGAUCUUGCUUGAUUUCUAAAGAUCCAAAACAUUAAUAUAACAAAAUUAACUAAUUAAUUUUAUGUAUUCUUCAAAUCUGUUAUAAUAUUAAAAGACAACUCCUGAGCAGUGCAUGAAGCUCUGUUUAGGGGUCAUCUUUUUAAAUUGGAGACCUGGGUGCUUUCAAUUCAACUUAAAACUCAAAAAUGUGUUUACUUUAAAAAAAAUUGAUUCCUAAAAGCUCCAUUCAUGAUCUAUUAGCAAGAUCACAAAGGAAAAAAGAAAACAUGUAAACCACAAAAUUGGCUCGUAGGCUUAUGUAAAUCAGUUUCGGCUGAAAGUAGAUAAAUGCUCGUAAUGCUCCGUUGAACUCGCUCAAAUCAUGGAACUCAAACAGUUUUGAAUUUAUUUUACCCUAUGCUUCAAUUGAGACCAAAAAUCAUUAAAGUUGUAACCUUGGUCCGCUACUAUAUUUGUCCAAAAUUAUCUAAUUAUCAAAAUUGAAUUACAAUAGUUCAUCCUACUACCAUAAAUUUCACCACAUUUAACUGUCAACCCUCUUGAUAACAAUAUGUUUCAUGCAAACCACAACACAGCAAAAUUCAUUACUAAUAGCAAAAGAUAGCUGGUGCAUGCUGACUUAGUUUACAGUUGUUCUGUAAGAAAUGGGGCACAUACAUGCAAUUCAAUCCAUGCAGAUUUAAAAGCAGAGAUCAUGUCUACUGCUACGAACACAUCAAUUGACUAAAAUCAGCCAAUAUGAUUGCAAAUAAAAGCCUAAUGAU